AUGGGGUUUGUCAUUGCUAAAAGAUACAAUUCUUUAUUCAUUUUCCUGCAUGGGAAAUACAUGGCAUAUUUGCUACUAUAUGUUGAUGAUAUUGUGUUGGUUACAUCCUCAAAUUUGUUACGCGACCGCAUCAUCUCUCACUUGCGUACAAGAUUUUCAAUGACUGAUUUAGGUCCUUUGAGUUAUUUUCUGGGCAUUGCUGUUACUCGUACUCCUUUAUAUCUGUUUUUGUCUCAACAGAAAUAUGCACAGGAAAUUUUAGAGCGCGUAGGCAUGGCUAGUUGUAAACCUGCGGCGACUCCAGUGGAUACUCAAUCCAAGCUUAGUGCAAAGACAGGACCGAAAUCUCAUGAUCCAACACUCUAUCGUAGUCUUGCAGGUGUAUUACAGUACCUCACUUUUACUUGCCCUGACAUAGCUUAUGCAGUUCAACAGGUUUGUUUGUUCAUGCAUGACCCUACACAGACUCAUUAUGAUGCAUUGAAAUGCAUACUGCGUUACAUUCAGGACUCCAUUGAUCAUGGGUUACAUUUAUAUCCUUCAUCAUCCAUGCACUUGAUCACUUAUACUGAUGCAGAUUGGGACGGGUGUCCAGACACCCGAUGGUCGACCUAA